AUGACUAUGCAUCCACUCACCAGCGGACUGCGGGAUUACGUCACAGCAGCCGAUCAUACCAGAUAUGACGGUUUGGCAAACGGGUUCAUACGAGUCGACGUUACCCACAGCAACUUACAGGCUCGAGUACAUGAUGCCACCCUCUCCCUUGCUGCUACCAUUGAGUCGGUGAAGCAGAAACUUUACAAGAGGAAUGGAACCACUGUGGAUCAUAUGCAAUUAUUUUUAAGGGGUGCGGAUGGGAAUACAAUCUUCCUCUAUGAUGACAAGCUCACUUUAAGGGACUUUGGUGCUCAAAACGGCGACUCGAUCCACAUCAAGGACACUGACCCAUACAGUGUCUCUGCCGGAGGGGCUUUGGAGAAUCUAGAUCUGGUUGAUAAAUACGUUAUGGAUGACGAGACUUACGAUAAGCGUACUAACACACUAAGGCAUUAUAUCAGAGAGCAGAGGAAGAAAAAUCCGAAUUUCAAGCUUAAGUUCGGGCCGCAGACAACACCGGAUGAGAACCAGGAUGCUGCCGUGCCUGAGAGACCGCCCACCCCAGAAAAUGCGCGGGAGAUAUAUGCAGUGGGCCAGCGAUGUGAGGUAAAUCCUGGCGGACGACGGGGAGAGGUGGCUUAUUUCGGUCCGGUUAAAGGACUUCCAAGAGGCGAGUGUUCCUGGGUUGGGGUUCGCUUAGAUGAGCCUCAGGGAAAAUCCGAUGGUGUUGGACCUGACGGAAAGGAGUACUUCAGCUGCCCCAACGGACCUGGCUACGGUUGCUUCGUAUUAUGCGAGAAUGUCAACGUCGGUGCCGAGUUCGUACCUGCCGAUCCGUUUGCUGAGCUCUCCUCUGAAGAUGAGCUGUAA